AGCCGUCGUAUCUUAUAUCAUCCAGGUUGCACCUGAGCUCGUCCUUCCGCCUCCGAAGUCGUCAGUCGUCACAAUCCACCACGUCAAACACUCCCUUCUCCUCCCUCCUCUCCACCCUCGUCUUCCCUCGCCCACCCUCAUAACUAUUUUCCACUUUCUUCCUAUCGCCCACUUUUCUGCUCUCGUCUCUACUUCCUGCUUGCCAUCGUGAUAUAGCCUCGACGGCGGUACGGACCACGCAGACAACUUUACAGCUUUGCCGCCCCAGUCGGAAUCCACUUCACCUCUCGCCCCAACUACUUAGCCGAACCUCCCUUUCCCCCUCAUCCUCAUCGCCUUCAACCCCUUCUCAACCCCAAGGCUCGGUGAUUGAAUGGCGGAAACGGUGUCGACGUCUACUUAAUCAAAUCCCUCCGAUCCGGUAACUUAUGGCCAGGCAAAGGCCCUCCGCCAACCGUCAGGACCCUCUCGAGGAUUAUUCCGUUUCCCCCGCAGGAGCUUCUUCCGCCUCUUCUGCCCUGAGGACGACUCGCUCCUCUGCGAGACUUGCUACAGACCCUCCUCCCGCCGACGCUGACUCCGGUUCGACUUCCACUCACGCCGCUGGUUCGGCCCCCUCUCGGAAACGCAAAGCUUCUGGUCGCCGAGACCGACAUCCAGACGCCCAAAACCAGCCGCCCGCUCCCUCUUCCCCUCGGCGAUCGAAAAGACAGAAGACCACCGCCUCUCAUCCAGCUGUGCCUGCUGGUCCCGCCGCCUCAGUCUCUCGCCGAUCCACCGCCACUCGUGGUCGAGCAGCGAUGUCACAGCCGGGACCGUCUUCUCGCCCUUCGGAGGAAUCAAAAUCAACUACAUCGCCACCCCCCUCACGGCGGAGAUCCAAUCGGAACGAUCGCCUCGCCGCAACUCAGUCUCCACCACCGCGGCGGUCGAGAAAGCGGGCCACCAAGUCGAACCCCGAUGCAAUAAUGCGAGACGCGGAGGAGGAUAUGGAGGAGGAAGAGGCCAAGGAUGAGCUGGAGGAAUCUCCAACCGGGGAAAGCAACGACGACACUAAUCACUCUGCAUUUGACGAUGAGGACCUGGACCCAUUUUCGAGUAGCCUGUUUGGAGGCCGUGGACCGAUGGGCUUGCAGAGCACACUUCGUGCACUCAGCGGAAUCAUGUCCGGCAUGUCCAGUCGUCUCCGAGAUAUCCUCUGUAACCUGAGAGCGAAGGACGAUCCUUCCGUUCAAUUGAUUGCCCUCCAAGAGUUGUCGGACCUUUUGCUCGUCUCAAACGAGGACAAUCUCUCUGGCCAGUUUUCUCCAGAUCCCUACGUCAAGGAAUUGGUCACCUUAAUGCAACCAAAUCAAUUUGGCGAAGAGAAUCCCGAAAUCAUGCUUCUCGCAUGCCGCUGCCUUGCAAAUUUAAUGGAAGCUCUACGAGGCUCAGUCGCCAAUGUCGUCUAUGGUGGCGCCGUUCCCAUCCUUUGCCAAAAGCUAUUGGACAUCCAGUUCAUCGACCUUGCUGAACAGGCCCUGAGUACCUUGGCCAAAAUUUCCGUCGACUUCCCCGCCUCGAUUGUGCGAGAAGGCGGUCUUACAGCCUGCCUGACGUAUCUUGAUUUCUUCCCAACCAGCACUCAACGGACAGCCGUCACAACUGCGGCUAAUUGCUGCCGAAGUCUUCCUCAUGACUCUUUUCCAGUGGUGCGGGAUGUGAUGGGUACCUUGCUCAAUGUUCUUUCUAGCAAUGAUCCCAAGGUUGUCGAACAGGGUUGCCUUUGUGUCUCUCGUAUUGUCGAAAGCUUCAAGCACCGCCCCGCAAACUUGGAAGAAUUGAUUAGACCUGCCAUGCUCAAGGCUGUCCUUCGCCUCUUGCUACCGGGCACUACAAACCUGAUCGGUCCGCACAUCCAUACCCAAUUCCUUCGGGUAUUGGCAAUCACGGCGAAAGUCAGUCCACGUUUGUCGAUCGAACUCCUCAAGAUGGAUGUUGUGGAUACGCUUUACCAAAUCCUGACCGGUGUGUCGCCACCUCAAGACGUGGACAGCACGGGUGUAAAAAUGGACAGUGUCCUGGUCAUGCAGGCAUUGAUCCACCGUCCUCGCGAGCAGGUCUUCGAGACUCUCAACGUUAUUUGCGAAUUGCUGCCAGGUGUUCCCAAUCGCGAAGCCUCCAAGACUGACAGCGUGCUCAGCUCAUACUUUGACAACAGCAUGUCCAUUGGCCUCAAGUCGUCCAAGAACAAGGAUACCCCAGAGGAAAGACGGGCGUUACUGGAUGAUUGCAUGUCUGAACUGAAGCGCUUUGCUAUGAUUCUAUUCCCGACUUUGACCGAUGCGUACUCGAGUACGGUCAAUCUGCAUGUUCGCCAGAAGGUCUUGAUUGCGCAACUUAAAAUGCUGCACAUUCUGGAGCCCAACUUGAUCGAGGAUGCUUUGCGCACGGUUCCUUAUUCAUCGUUCCUAGCUUCCAUCCUUUCGCAGAAGGAUCACCCGUCCCUAGUAUCGCUCGCUCUUCGUUGCGCUGAACUUCUCUUCCAGCGUCUUGAGCACGUUUAUCAGCAUCAAUUCCAUCGAGAAGGUGUCAUUGCCGAAAUUGUCAAACUCGCCGAGACUCCUUUGUCUGGUGACCAAGAAUCAGCAACCCCAGCCGAGGCGAAGAAGAGCUCCACAGAUACCUCCGGUAAUGCUGAUGGCGAAUCUGAAGGUCCCCAAGCAGCCACCAACGGAAGGGACGAUGAUGCUGAUAAUAAUGAUGGUGACGACUUUGAUGACGAGGAUGAGGACGAUGAAGAUCAAGACGAUAACGAGGAGGAUUCUGAUUCGGACAGCUCUUCCGUCGAUGGUCGCCAGUCUCUUGCCAAAAUGGAUAAUGCUCUCAAUGACCUCGUCAUUCGCGAUGCUCAGGCCUUCCUCAAAAUUUACGAAGACGGCCAAGGAGCCACCAUGCGCGCCGAGGCUCAGAAGAUCCUGAUGGAGCUGCAGGGACUGGCAUCCAACAUCCGAGCCUUUUACUCUUCCGGCAAUGAGACAGAGGGUGUCACUCUCUUCCAAAGCCUAGCCGCAUACUUUGAUGGAGACGCACUAAGGAGCAUCACGAGCUCGGAGCUGCUGAACUCGGGCAUCAUCCAGGUUCUCUUGGACGUCCUCGCUGACUUCAAAACUUCUGCCUCCAUCCGCCAUGCCAGGGCAGCCUUCUUGCAGGCGUUCAUGGGUACGACAAUCUCCGAGGAAGCCCAGAGCCAGAGCACUGCAACCACUCCCUUCAGCGUACUGAUUCGGAAAUUACAAGACUUGCUUAGUAGGACUGAGCAUUUCGAAGUCAUUACCGUCAGUCAUAACUCGCUAGAGAACACCCGCAGCAAUGCUGCAUACAUGCUCGGGAAACAGCUUCGCCUGAGACUGGUUGCCGAAGACGGCUCUGAGGUACCUCGCCCUUAUAAGAACAUCAUGGUCUCAAUCCAUGCCAUCGCCACUUUCAAAGCCUUGGACGACUUUCUUCAGCCACGAAUCGCCAUGUCGGAGCGUCCUCGUCAGUCUCGGACCCGGGACUCGAUUCUCUCCCAACUUGCGCAAGCAGCCAACAUCCGGGAUCAGCUUGCUUCGUCGAACUCACCCCGACCCCCUGGUGAAAGCCUCCCAACUCGGCCCGCAGCGACUCAGGGGAAUGCCAACGAUUCGACGGAACAGCACCAAGAUUGUGGUGGGUCAGGAGGUAGCCACCGACAUCAACGCACGCCUUUCCACGAAGGAGACAAUGAGCAUGACGACGAGCCACUUGAGUGUGCUGAUGAGCGGCAACUGAGCGAUGAUGACGACGAAGAUCUUGACGAAGGUGACGAGGAUGAGGAACUCAAUGCCAUUGUUGAUGACCUUGAGGACGACCUAGAAGACGACAAUAUUCAGGAUCCUACGGCUGUCAACUUAGAGGUUGGAUCCUCGGGCAAAGUAACGGCUCGCAAGGAAGACGGUACUCGCAUCGGAACUCCAUCUCAGUCCACUCCGGCAUCGAAACCUACCUCGUCAACCCCCAGCACCGCUUCAUCUCGCCCCACCGAUCAAAGCUCAAUCGCCACUGCUGGACGUCCACAUCCUUCAUACGCCGCAGCGAUGGCAUCUGUUCCCCAAGACUGGCACAUUGAGUUCUUUGUGGAUGGCAAGCCGAUUGCAAGUGACACUACCGUCUACCGGGCAGUUCACCACAACCGAGAGCAUCUAGACGAGGCCAACUCUAAGAAUGUCUGGUCUGCCGUUCAUACUGUCACUUUCCGCCGCGUGCCAGGCCCGCCCACGCCCGAGCCCUCGACUCUCGCCGCUGGUGGACAAGAUGCUUCCUCGGAAGACAAGAGUUUGGAAAUGCCCGCGUCCCUCAGCAAAGACGUGACCACGGCUUCGAUUCUUCGCUUACUUCGUGUCCUCCAUGAGAUGAAUGCGACUAUCGACGACAUUCUGACGGAGACUCGAGACCACACCCAUAUCACACCCGAACCUCUAGCCCAAUUUAUCAACACGAAGCUUACUGCCAAGGUGAACCGCCAACUUGAAGAACCGCUGAUUGUCGCGAGUAGCUGUCUGCCUAGCUGGAGCGAGGACCUAGCUCGAUUGUUCUCGUUCUUGUUCCCAUUCGAGACGCGCCACUUGUUCUUGCAGUCUACCGCAUUUGGUUACUCUCGUGCUAUGAUGAGAUGGCACAACUCGCAAACGACCGAAGAUAGCCGUCGAGACUUGCGCCGUGACGAUCGACCAUUCCUCGGUCGCUUGCAGCGACAAAAGGUCCGCAUUGCACGUUCCCGCAUUCUAGAUUCAGCUAUGAAGGUCAUGGAACUUUACGGGUCGUCGCCUAGUGUGCUCGAAGUGGAGUACUUUGAAGAAGUUGGGACUGGACUGGGUCCUACGCUCGAGUUCUACUCCACCGUUUCCAAAGAGUUCUCAAAGAAGAAGCUUAAGAUUUGGCGGGAAUCGGAUGCCAGCCCUGCCGUUGAGUAUGCCUUUGGCAAGCGUGGACUAUUCCCUGCCCCAAUGAGUGAAGAGCAAGCUGCACAGGACACUGGCAAGAAGCAAUUGAAACUUUUCAAGAUUCUUGGAAAAUUCGUCGCACGGUCCAUGCUUGAUUCACGCAUCAUCGACAUCUCCUUCAACCCGGCUUUCUUCCGCAUUGCCGACACACUCUCCUCUGUGGCACCCUCGCUAGGCACAGUCAAAGCUGUCGAUGAAGACCUGGCCAAGUCCCUCAUCAUGUUGAAGCAGUUUGUCAAGGCCAAGGAUGCCAUCGAGAAUGACAAGACCCUGUCCUCGCACCAAAGAACAUCGGCUGUGGAGAAUAUUCGGGUUGAUGGAGUUCGGGUCGAGGACCUGAGCUUGGACUUCACCCUCCCCGGUUAUCCCAGCAUUGAACUGACCGAAGAUGGGUCCAAUGUUCCACUUACCAUCGAGAAUGUUGACCAGUAUGUGGAGAGCGUCAUUGACAUGACCCUUGGUAGCGGCGUUCAGCGCCAAGUUGAUGCCUUCCGCGCUGGCUUCUCCCAGGUCUUCCCCUUCUCGGCUCUUCGUGCAUUCACCCCGAACGAGCUCGUCAUGCUCUUCGGACGAGCCGAGGAGGACUGGUCAAUUGAAACACUCAUGGAUUCCAUCAAGGCUGAUCACGGGUUCAACAUGGACAGCAAGAGUGUGCGCAACUUGCUUCACACCAUGUGUGAAUUAGACCCGCAGCAGCGCCGUGAUUUCCUCCAAUUUGUUACGGGUAGCCCGAAACUUCCCAUCGGCGGUUUCAAGAGUCUUACGCCUAUCUUUACGGUCGUGUGCCGCCCGAGUGAGCCUCCCUAUACCGCGGACGACUACCUGCCAAGUGUCAUGACCUGUGUGAACUAUCUCAAGCUGCCCGAUUACAGCAGCCUGGAUGUUCUCAAGGAGCGACUCUCGGUGGCCAUCAAGGAAGGACAAGGAGCAUUCCACCUCUCCUAGAUUCUACACCGAGCUAAUGAUCCCCACUCUGCACUCUUCCUGCAAACCCCGCCCCCCCCCCCCUAUUCUUUUCCCUAAAAUAUUGCUUGUCCAUGCCAGCUAUACUGGCGCAGCAAGCUCCUUUACCCUUGUCUCUCUGCUUAUCCUUCUGGAGGGAUAAGCGGGAUGCUUUUUUCACGAUGCGACGACGAGUGACUUUGCUUUUCACAAACUCCAUUCCCCCCCAUCUUCAGGUUUUCGGCAGGGCUAUUCAUUCUUUCUUCUUUUUAACCUUGUUUUCUCACCAAAUCAUUUGGGAUGAAAGGCGUCAAGGCGGUCUUCGGUUUUUCUUUCCCCCUACAGCAUGAUACUGAUACUAGAUAGCAAUGGAUGGCCCUUUUCUAUCAUCAAUCGCUUUGUAAUGCU